UGUAGUCCUCACAGUUCCCAGCUUGCGGACAGGCUGUCACCGCGGGACUCCUUUCCCGUGCUCCUCUGCGCGGUUCCUCUUGGCCCAUUCUGAGAGGGUGAGGAGGUGAUCUAGGGUUUGUAAGAAAGUAGAUUAGAGGGUUCUGUUGGAGAGGAGCUUUCGGUAUGCACAAGUCCAGUGCUGCUUCUGCCCAUUCUAGAGUGCUGUGGGCCAAAUUAGAAAUCCAAGUUUAAGUUCCCUAGAGGGCCAAAGAUGAACUGAGCAUCCCCAGGCCCAGCCUACGAGCGGGGGCGACCAGCUCUGUCCCGGGCGAAAGCCAACUCGUAGGGAGGCUCUGUACUUCCACCUCGGCUUCUUCCGCUACGGCCCUUCUCCGGGUGUCUCUGAGGGCUGGGAGCCGCUGCGGUGUCGGCUUCCGUGCUUUCCCUCCAGUUUCCGCGAGCUUGGGAGCGGCCGCCGACCCCGGCGUCCACGGAGGGCUGCGUUCCGGAGGGCCGCGAGGCGCCACCACCAUGAUCCCCGGGGGCUUCGGCGCGCGCGUGUGGGCGCCGCUGGGCGCCCUGACCUCGCUGGCGUACUGCUUCCACCGGCAGCGGGUAGCGUCGGCAGAGCGUCGGCCAGCCGACGGCCAGAGUCCUGUUGACCGCAGCCUGCUGGAGCUGAAAAUGGUACAGGUCGUGUUUCGACACGGGGCGCGGAGUCCUCUCAAGGCGCUCCCGCUGCAGGAGCAGGUAGAGUGGAGCCCCCAUCUAUUAGAAGUCCCUCCUCAAACUCAGUUUGAUUACACAGUCACCAAUUUAGCCGGUGGUCCCAAACCACAUUCUACUUAUGAUGCCCUCUACCACAAGACCACCCUGAAGGGGGGCAUGUUUGCUGGGCAGCUGACCAAGGUGGGCAUGGAGCAGAUGUUUGCCUUGGGAGAGAGACUGAGGAAGAAAUAUGUGGACACCAUCCCCUUUCUUUCACCAUCCUUCAAACCCCAGGAGGUCUUUGUUCGCUCCACUAACAUGUAUCGGAAUCUGGAGUCUACUCGUUGUUUGCUGGCUGGGCUUUUUCAGCGUGAUAAAGAAGGGUCGAUCAUCAUCCACACUGAUGAGGCAAGCUCUGAAGUCUUGUACCCCAACUACCAGAACUGCUGGGGCUUGAGGCAGAGAACCAGAGGCCGAAAGGAAGCUGCUGCUUUGCUUCCAGGGAUCUCAGAUGAUUUGAAGAAGGUGAAAGAAGGGAUGGGCACUGACAGUAGUGAUGACGUGGACUUCCUUGUUCUCCUUGACAAUGUGGCUGCUGAGCAGGUGCACAAUCUCCCGAGCUGCCCCAUGCUGAAGAGAUUUGCCCAGGUGAUUGAACAGAGAGCUGUGGACACAGUCUUGUACAUCCUGCAACAGGAAGACAGGGAAGGUCUGCAGAUGGCAGUCGGCCCCUUCCUACACAUCCUGGAGAACAACCUCCUGAAGGCUGCAGAACCUGCUCCUCCACCCAACAAGACCAGAAAGCUGUACCUCUACGCAGCUCAUGAUGUGACCCUCAUGCCUCUCCUAAUGGCUCUGGGGACUUUUGAUCACAAAUGGCCUCCAUUUGCUGCUGACCUGACCAUAGAACUCUACCAACACAAGGAGUCUAAGGAGUGGUUUGUGCAGCUCUAUUACCAUGGAGAGGAGCAGCUGCCAAGAGGUUGCCCAGACAAGCUUUGUCCACUGGACAAAUUCUUGAACACCGUAUCACUUUAUUCCUUGAGCCCAGAGAAGUACCGCAUGCUCUGCUCCCAGGCACAGGAACUGGAACUGGGAAAUGAAAAGUGACUGAUGCACAUGAAUAACUUGACUUUUAAAUACAAACUUUUCUACCAUGCCUUCAGCUUUGUGUGUUUGGGGACCAGGCAGGAGUCUGUAAAGUAAGGAUAUUUCCUUGCUAUAAGUAUUGUAAAUUCUUUUUCUGGAAGGAAAAUAAAAUAUAUAGUGUUGAAAUCAAGUUUUUUCUGUUUUGUAGCUUGAUUUCUAAGGUCAGAGUACAUGUAUAUGACUCAGGCUGGGGGUGUUGUGACCUUCUAGAAUUGUGUGUAGGACUUUAGUUCUUUUCUUCUUUCUUAAUAUUUCCUGAGGCCCCCCUCCACUAACUAAUGGUUAUUACAAAGAGGGAAAGGCUCUGCCUUCAAGGUACUUCAGUCCAGUGAGAGAGGCAGGAAGCUGCGAUUACAGUACAAUACACUUUAUGCUAUGAUAAGAUACACAGAGGGUUACUUGGAAGAUAGAAGAAAUCUAGUUCUGCUUGGCUGGUACUGUAGAAGGCAGCUCUCAGCAAGUUCUGAGACAGCCUUCUGGGGAAGUUCUAUCUUGAUCUGCGCAAAGAAAGGUGAGUAGGAGUUGACCAGGUAAGCAAGGAAGAGAGCUUUGUGUGUAAGCAAAGGAUCUUGAGGUUCAGGGACACUGCUGGGAGCUCUACCUUUAACUGCCCCCCAGGGGUGCCUCAUGAGCCCCUAUUUCCCUAUAAACAUUCUUAUUCUUACCUAGAAUCUAUUUCACACCUUGUCUGAUUUCAAACCAACAGUCCUCUACCUCUCACAAUAGCAAUCGCAAAAGCCUGUGUACUUCCCAUCAUCUUUAUGUAGGAAGAUGAUAAGAACUGCCAGGGGAAGAAGCUCAGAUUUCUUGGGCUCACAUUUCUCUUCUGAGCCUCAGACAGUCAUCAUGUCUGUCUGGAUGUUCCAUUUUCCAUAUCAAAAUCAAACUUCUGCUCCUAGACCUGCUUCUCCCACAGGCAAGCUUCCCUACUUGAAGGGAAUACAUUUCCACA